UCAGGUACCGAACUGAUUACGCAAUCGUUACGCGAUAUCGAGAGCUAGAGGGUUUCAGUAUUUCAUUUUGUGUGUGCAUGCAAGAGAAGGCGUUCAUUUCAAUUUUCAAAGAUGAGUUUCCUCCGUGGAUUAUUCAGAUCUUCUAAACAGAUUAGUAAAGUGUUAGUGGGUAGUGAUAAAAUGGGCAAUAAAUAUUAUGAAAAACCGGGACACACAAAUUCAAAAGGUAGAGACAUCAAGCUUAAGAGGAGUGUGGAAGCAGUCGUUAGCCACCAUGAGUACGAAGCAGGCAUGAUACCACUUGAGUGGGAAGCUUGGGUGAGAGGCAGAAGGGAGCUACCUCCGACGGAAGAAGAGAUUGACAGGAGAGAAAAUCAGACUCAGAUCGUUAAGGCCAGGGCAGCAGAAGUAGAGCUCAAGGAUAAAGAGAGACAAGAAAGAGAGUAUGAAGAAGGGUUGGUGGCCAGGCCUGUACAAGUAACUGCUAAGGGUCAUGCUUCAGCACCCAUCUAUGAAAAGAUUGAUUCUGGAUCUGAAGCAGUCAGUACUGGAAAGGACUUUGAACCUGCGGCAUGGAAACCAUCCAAAACUUGAUCAAGAUUCUGUCAUACCAUGGAUUCCACCCAUGAACAGAUGUCCAGGAUUGGUCAUGAACCUUGGAAAGAUAAUUUAAAGGAUAGAAUCAAAUUUGGACUUGACUGCAGGAAUACUGUGCAUUGCUUGCAAGGCAUCGGUUGGAACACAAGGAAGUGGAGGACUUAGCUUUUCUGCAUCUGGAUAUUCAUAUAGUGCUCUAGCUGGAAAAGCUGACAGACAUACAUGUAGCCAUUCUACAUCUGAUUAAUAUGCAUGUUCCAUGAUCAUGGUGACUUUAAUAUACGAAUAGAAGCGCUAAAAAGUAAUGGUUUGUUUUUACUUUUGGUAAGAUGUAUCAUUCAGGGUGAUAUUUAUUCUUCAUUCAUGCUUGCAUGAAGUAUGUAUCAAUAUGUAUCAAUAUAAGGUUAGAAAUUAAAUUACAUGUAAAUAAAA